AUGUGCAAGCAACACGAUCUCUUCUACAUGUGCGGGUGCCGGAUCAUCAACGAGGAGACCGGAGAAUGGAUGUAUGAGAUCGAGCGGUGCGACAGGGGCAGGAAGCGGCAGAAGGACUGCGCAAAGCCCGAAAUGGCACUGCCGAUCUUUGCCAAAGACACCUAUUGCGACGACCCGCAGUGUCCAGCAUAUGGGCCUGGAGUCCUGCUCGAGUUUAUCCACUCUGGACCUACGGAGCACGCUUUCAUCGAUGGAAUCGAAUCAAUUGGAUUGCUCGGAACUUCCGUCCAUUCUGUAUCAUAG